GCCAUUUUGGACUGAGAUGAGGAAAAACUUCUUCACCCAGAGAGUUGUGAAUCUGUGGAAUUCUCUGCCACAGAAGGCAGUGGAGACCAAUUCACUGGAUGUUUUCAAGAGAGUUCGAUUUAGCUCUUAGGGUUAAAGGAAUCAAGGGAUAUGGGGAAAAAUCAGGAAUGGGGUACUGAUUUUAGAUGAUCAGCUAUGAUCAUAUUGAAUGACGGUGCUGGCUCGAAGGGCUGAAUGGCCUGCUCCAGCACCAAUUUUUCUAUGUUUCUAAAAAAACAAGGUGCUCGAGGAAUUUAGCAGGUCAGGCAGCAUCCGUGAAGGACAAUGUGUCUGGUUGAGACACUUUGGUUCCCCCAGCAAUUUGUUUUUUGCUCAGUUUAUAUAACAAAUUGAUGACCUAUCACCAGUUCUGCAGCUACUAUCGUCUGAAUACAUUCUGCUGCAAUGUUACGCUGUCCACGCAAACCUGGUCUGAAAAUUGAUCAAAUUAGAGCAGACUGCAUCCAUAGCUGGGUCUCUAGAGGCUGAUCCGGAGGUACUAGUUCUGAAAUGUUCACCAUUAUAAAAGCACUUUGAACAGAUGUAGAUGGAAGACUUUUUACAUUUCGAUGAUAAUUGAAUGCUGUAAACCCAGUUCAAGUAGUGUUAAAAAAACUACCUAUUUCAUAUAUAAAACAAAGGAAUGUUUUAAUCUGUAAUUUUAAUGCAGUGCCAAUAAUCAAGAAAUGCCUCAAGUGCACCUGAUAUGCUCUUUAGUUCCAUGAAUUACCCCAGUGCCAAGCAUCCUUCCAGAGGACGGAAAAAAUCUUUCAAAUGCAUUAAAAAUAAUUAAGAUUAAGAUUUUUUAAUUUCAAUUUUAAAUUCAACUGCAAUCCUUCUAUUUUAGUUAUGAUUUAAUUUCUAUUUUUAGUGUUUUCCACUGAUAAACAAGCAACUCAAACUACAACAAACCUGAAAGUAAGUGAAGCAUAAUCAAGAAAAGAUGACUGAAGGGUUCUCAAAAUUGGAUGAAGAAACACUUGAGAAAGUUAUGCAUUUCCUGUUUUCGGAAGAUGAUGAUUCGCAAAUUGAUGAAAAUAUAGUGGAUAAAGUUGAAUACAUACAACUUAAUGGAAGGAAGUUAAGCUCAAUUCCAUCAAAUCUCUACCGUUUUAGAAAUCUAAAAGCAUUAGAUAUUAGUUCCAAUAACAUCACAUUCAUUCCAGAGGAAAUUGCUGUACUUAACGAAAUGAUUGACCUUAAUAUUAAUGAAAAUAAUAUUUCAAAGUUACCCAUUGAAAUUGGACAUCUGAGUAAAUUGGAAAUGUUAAGUUUGAAGGGAAAUCAAUUAACCUAUCUACCAGAAACCGUGGCCAGGCUGAAGCAUUUGCAAGUUCUUAGACUGAACAAUAAUAGGAUAUUUGUCUUCCCAAGAAUCGUAUGCUUGCUUCCUGAGUUAAGGAAACUUUAUCUUUCAAAAAACUCACUUCAAAGUUUACCCAAGGAGAUCUCUGAGUUGAAAAAUUUAAGAAUUCUGUCCUUGAAUAAUAACAAGUUAACAUUUUUGCCAUUGCAGUGUUUUGAGUUGUGCUACCUCGAGGAACUAAUGUUGAAUGGAAAUCAGUUGACUGCUCUUUCCGAGAAAAUAGAGAAACUGCAGGAACUACAGGUUCUGCAAAUGAAGCAUAAUCAAUUAGAAGAACUCCCAAAUGAAAUUUCCAGUUGUAUAAACAUUAAACAACUUUUACUUGAUGGAAACAGGAUCACUCACUUGCCUGCAAAGAUUGGAAAUUUGUAUCAUCUGACUGAUUUCUCUGUUAGUAAUAACAAACUAAAACAUCUGCCAAUUGGCUUGUCACAUAUCAUUAACCUGACAAGUUUGGACAUUUCUCAUAAUGUCAUGGAAGAAGUUCCUAUUGAAUUCAAAAACUGUUUUAAGGUCACGACCAUCAACUGUAGCCACAACUAUUUUACCCAAUUUCCCGGUGCAUUAUGCUUGAUUGCUGGAUUGCGGUAUUUAAAUCUUAGUUGCAAUCAUAUCACUGAAGUACUUGCAGAUGUGUGCUGCAUUACGAACCUGGAAACCCUUGAUCUAAGUGCAAACAAUUUCACCGUGUUCCCCAUUCAUAUAUGCCAUCUAACAAACAUGGAAUAUUUGGAUUUGAGUAAAAAUCGUAUUGGGAAUGUUCCAACACAAAUUUAUGGUUUAUUCCGACUUAAGUUCCUUUAUCUUCAAAAGAACAAUUUUACUGACUUUUCCAGUAAUUUAUGCCGACUAGCCAGCCUGAAGACACUUGACAUUUCUGACAACAAAAUAGAACAUCUUCCAAACGAUAUUGUAAACCUUAAACAGAUUACAGAGGUUAAUCUUUCGAAUAAUCAUUUUGGCUUUUUUCCAAUUGAAAUAAGUAACCUGACAACACUGGAGAAACUGAUAAUCAGUCAGUCAGAUGGGAUUAAGGUAAGAAAACUACACUAUAGAACAAUGAUUAAAAUAAUUUGUACAAAGUGGCUUUGGUAUAUUGACAGUGGAGGGUGAACCAUUACAUUUUGCUAGGGAUAAAUAUGUGAAAAGGAAGUCAGUUGACUUCAUGUGUAACCGAGGUACAGUGCAAAGCUUUUUGCUGCGUGCUAACCAGUUAGCAGAAAGACUACAUGGUUACAAUCAAGCUGUCCACAGUGUACAGAUACAUGAUAAAGGGAAUAACGUUUAGUGCAAGAUAAAAUCCAGUAAAUUCCAAUUAAAGAUAGUCCGAAGGUCUCCAGUGUCCCCAAGUGACACAAAUAAAAUCCAAGGGUCUCCGAUAACACUAGUUAUUAGUAU